AUGCGCGCGCAAGGUGGUGUUGACGCUUCGCAGAAACUGAAUCUGAUUCGGAGAGAUCUUGCCGAAGAAGAAGGGGAACUAAGAAGGUUAUCCGAGCUGGAACAUGAAACGCGCAAUUUGACGAGAAGAAAUGGUGAAAAGGAGAUCCAAUUGAAUCAGCUAAGCGCUGAAUUACGAGAGCAGCAGAGUGUGCUUCGUGCGGCGGCUAGUCGAGUAGAGGCCCUACAGUGGCAGGUUCGUCCAGUAGCGGUUGCUGUGCGGUCCUGGGCAGCCUCAGAAGGAACCACUUUGCCUGAAGCGGACACGAUUCGUCGGAUAUUGGAAGAGCAACGGAGGGGCAAAAAUCAUUUCCUGCCGGAGUUGCCAACAGCUCAUGAGGAAGUCAAAUCAGAAACUAACGAGGUCGAAAAGGAAGGCUCGUCUGGUUCUGACAGGACCAUAACAACUGACGAUGAGUCUGUGGCGAAGAGCGAUGACGACAUUGAGAUGGAAGUGAAUCGACGAGUUGUAAAGGGCAUUCUACGUCCACUUGGUUUGAAAAAAGAACGUCGAUGCAUUGAAUUUGAUCCACUGGCUUUGAUGCUGGAUGCGGCAUUGGAGGGCGAGUUGGAUCUGGUGAAGUCGAGCGCGGCCAAGUUGUCGGAUGUCUCAGUGGCAAAUGAUGAGGGCAUAACCGCUCUUCAUAAUGCCAUUUGUGCAGGACAUUAUGAAAUUGUCAAGUUCCUCAUCGAAUCUGAUGCGGACGUGAACGCUCAAGAUUCCGAUGGUUGGACCCCUUUGCAUUGUGCGGCUAGCUGUAAUAACUUGCCCAUGGUUCGCCAAUUAGUCGAAGGUGGUGCAUGCGUACUGGCGUCGACGUUGUCAGACAUGGAGACUCCAGUGGAAAAGUGUGAGGAGGACGAAGAGGGCUACGAUGGGUGUCUACGCUAUCUGACGUGUGCUCAUAAUGCCACAGGAACCAUCAACAACGGAACGGUUUAUGCCGCAUAUGACUAUGAGGCACAGUUUGAAGACGAGCUGACUUUCAAAGCUGGCGACGAGCUGCGAGUACUUAGUAAAGACGACAAGGAAAAGAACUGGUGGACAUGUGAACGUGUAGGUCACGAAGGUGAAGUAGGACUGGUCCCGCGAACGUAUGUCGCCCUCUAUCCGGCUCUUCGAUUCAGGAAGCGGACCAACUUUAUGAUGUUCGAGCUACCGUUGGAUCAUUGGAUGAAUGAUAUGGACUAG